AUGUUUAGCGAAACCUCAAAAGUGUACGUUUAUGUAAAGUUUCUUACUCGGACUUUGGGAGACUGUGCUCAACUCAAUGCGAACGCGUUCUCUACAUAUAUUUUGAUUCAGCACCGAAACGGUGUUCUCUCAUCGGAACUCGUCGAAAAUGAGUAUGAGCCGGAUGAAUCGCCGGCGGAGAGUCAGGAAGAAAGACAUAUGCAACACUGUCUUAAUAAUACGGAUCAUAUGCUCAGAAUGUACGGAACAGCUCGUGAAUUCUGUGAUCAUCUGAAAAUUUACAAAAACUUUCCCGGGAGUCAUGAGUAUUUAAAUUGUCCAGUUUCUGAUCUAUUUAAAACAACUCCAAUGAUGUAUGACAGUCUGAAAAAUGAGAAAUACAUACUGAAAACUGAUCUUCUUGUCCUCACCCGAAAUUUGAUUCUUUCGACGCUAAAAGACGCGCUCUGCAAUGUGUUGGUCUCACCGAUUUCUGUAUAUUUUAUUGGAAGAGAGAGAAUUCUGAACGAAAAGAGAAUCGAGUUUGUGCGAUACGAUGAGAAAGUUUUCAAGGGAAUUGAGAAGGAAUUUCUGGAAUUUUCUAAAAAUCAAAAUCAAAACGGCUCGACACCAUCCGUCAACGAACUCUCCGCAUGCAAUUUUGACCAAAUCUAUGACCAUUUUAAAGCGAUUCAUCCAACGAAAUUCAGUGAAAUCGAAGACGAAUUCCUGAGAAAUGAGCUAUCGGAUUUUCAUGAUCAGUUGCCGAUUGGAAGGAGAGCCACGUUCUUUGAAGUCUAUUUGAGAAAUUUGAAAAUUGUGAUCGAUGAUGCUCAGAGUACUGUGGCAAAACAUCCCGAAUGGUUUCUUCCGUAUCCCAAAACCCAUCCAAUGCUCCGAGUCGUUCGAGUAUUCGAGGAUGGAAAACGCCGAUUUGUGAUGAUCAGCGAGUUGCUCUCAACAAUGAAUCAGACGUACGCCGACGCGGAAUUCACCUAUCGAACAGUCCAAUUCGAGAAUAUCAAAGCGAAUGUCGGAAGUACUUUGAAUAAUAUUGAAUUCAUUCGGACACCCAUCAUUCGUGCCAAACACAAAGCGGUUCCCAUCAAAACGGACGACGGAUUCUGUAUUCUUGCGGUCGACGCGUUGUUUGAUCUGCUGAAACAUUUGAUUUUCGGAGCGAAACUUUUCCAGCAAGGCACAGUCGUCGAACCAGCUGUUUUCAGCCGAUUAGAGCAAUUGUUUUCUCCGCGAGCUGCGGAUCGUUACUUCAUCGAUCUGAAACACUAUGACAUAUACCGAGAGAAGCUCAUGGAAAUGCUGAAUUGCAGUGAAUAUUCAAUGAAAUUGAAAGAUGUCCGGAAUGCGAAGAAAGACGGAUUUUCGGUGGAGAAUUUGAGGAAUGAGUUGAGACAUCUGAAUCUGACGGAAAUGUUCCCAGAGAUUCUGGAUUAUGCUGGAAUUGUGUAUGAAUGGGUGGAUAAUAUGAAGAAUGAGGAAGUUUUGAGAACUUGUGAUCUGUUCGAUGCGGUGGAAAUGUGUCAACUCAUUUGUAUUUUCAGGAAAUUUUCGAAUCUCCGCCAAUUCCUGCACUUCCAAGAAGCGUGUGGACGUGUGCUGACACUACAGUGUGAUUCGUGUGAAGACGCUUCGCGAAUGGCGUGGAAACCUCUCCGAACACCUCCAGAAUCUUCGAAAUCGUCGUCUUCUAAUCCGUCUCCAGGAUCUCAGAAUUCCACGUCAUCAGUUUCUAGCGAACGGAAAAAGGAUUCAAAGGCAGGGAAGGCUCCAGAUAGUUCCCCGUGGAUUCAGAAUGCUCCAGAAGGCACUUUUAGAAAUCAGAAGCUCACGUCACCGGCUUCUGUAAAACCUCCAGAUUCCGCGAUGAAUCAGAAAGCGACGUCGUCUUCCGUGGAUUCCGAAUCUUCGAAGCUUCCGAAAAAAUCGAAUCAGAAGAAGGCUCCAGAAUCAGCCAGAAAGUCUUCUGAAGCUCCGCCCCCUCCGCCCCCUGCAAAAAAGGAGUCUGCGAACUGUGUAAAGUGUUAUCGAACGUGUGAAAUGUUGAAUGAAACGAAGAAAGAGUUGAAAUCAACACAGAACAAGUUGGCGAUGUACGAGAAGAAGAAUCUGGAAAUGGAUAAAGAGAAAAAGAAGAAAAAUGAGAGAAUUCUCGAAGAGCAGGAGGAGAAAAUAGCCAAGUUACAGAAGGGUCUCGAAGCGAAAAACACGGAAAUUGAGGAAUUGAAGAAGAAAAACGAGCGAAUUGUGGAGAAAAAGAAUGGAGAAUUGGAGGAAAUGUAUAGGGAAUUCCGGGUACUUUAUAAAAAACUCGCUGAUGGUAUCGACAGGGAACAAGAGAAUCAGAAGCUGAAAGAGGAGAUUCUCAAGUUAAAAGGAGAGAAUUUGAGCCAAAAAGAAGAGUUCGUCAAUCAAAAAGAGUAUCUACAGCGUGAAUUGAUUGAAAUGAGACCAGAAUUGGCGGAUGCGAAAGAAAAAAUCGAUAAAUUGAAUCAUGAGAAUCGACGAUACGAGGCGGAGAUUCUGGAGAGAACCGAAGAGAAUCAGAGGCUCAACGUGGAAAAUGUACGAUUGAGAAGUGAAAAUGAGACAAAGGAGCGGAUGAUUCAACAGUUGAUUGAUAGACUAGCGACGUCAGGGAUUCAGAAUUUGGAUUCUGAAGACGUCACGACGUCACAGUAUUCGGAAACUCCAGAGUAUGCUUCAGAAGGCGUGACGUCACCAUCAGAAUCUCCGAGUUCCCAGGAGGAGGAAUCUGUUCAGCCCGUCGUGACGGCUUCUCAAAUGACUCCAGCUCCUUCAGAAUCUUAUCAAGAGAAAAGAAUUCGGAUUCCAUGGUUUGCGGCAAUGACUGGGUCCUGGGCGACGACUUCGGAUUCUGGUCCUGCUUUCGAAAUGAGAUCUGGUACAUCUCUCGAAACUACUCUUCUGUUUCCAAACCAAAAAUAUUCGAUAAAUCCAGAAUCCGCGGAUUUAGAAUGCCCCAUUUGUCUGGAUGAAGUGGAGCCAAAAAGCAAGAAAAUCAACUGCAAUCAAUGCAAGAAACAGUUUCAUUCUCAUUGCGCAUCGACUUGGCUCAGAGUGAAGAGCGAGUGCCCAGCUUGCCGUGGACGACUUCUGGAUCCUAACGAAUUUCCGACGCUUUCAUAG